AUGACAUUGACGCCUUCCAUCACUAGCUUUCUAGGCCAACAAGCCGCAAAUUACGCACCCGCCUUCACACUUGCAAACUGGUACUUUGCUUACUGUACGUUGAGCCCGCGGUUUGCCAAGAUGGCGGUUGGACUCGACCACAAUUCAGCGCCACGAGAAGACCUCUCCAAGUACGGCGAGGCAGCGGUGCAGACAGGGAAGCUGAGCCGGCGGCGCCUGGAACAAAUCAAGCGGCUGCAGGCGGCUCACGAAAACUCCGUUGAGGGUUUCACGCUGUUUGUUGCGGCGGUCCUCUUUGCCACACAGAGUGCUGUCUCCAAUACCGCCAUCAAUGGCAUCUGUAUCUGGUAUACGCUCUCACGCGUCGCAUACAGCAUUGCAUAUGUUCUGAUCGAGUCGGAGCGGCUGACGGCACUCGAGGGACGUCUUGUCCGCCAGCAGAAUGCCGCAAGCUUCGACGAUCUGGUCGACGAGACCGUAGCGGACAACAUCUUGACUGAAGACCUAAUCCAAUCGCCAUCUGGCAUUCCUACCCCCGACGAUGAGGCCCAUUCGCAAGGUCCAUUCCUGGGUAUGAAGACAGUCGACUCGUUGACCGGCUUGCCGGAGACCUGCAUUUCGGAUUUAAUGCAGGCUGACCUAACUCAAUUAUAUUUUGAUCGGGUGCAUAGCUUCGUACCGAUUUUGCACCAGCGCCGGCAUCACUCCUGGAAUCGCCAGCCGGCCAAAAGCGAAUCCCGGACAUGUUUGCAAUAUGCCAUGUGGACCCUAGCGGCAUCAGUAUCGGCCCAAUUUGAAAACGUUGGAGAUUCUCUAUAUCGAGACACUCAGCGUAUGCUCGAGGUCGUCGAAUCCAAAGCCACCAACAUCGAGUCGAUUGAUAUCGAGCAGGUUCAGGCCUGCAUUUUAUUGGCGAUUUAUGACCUUAUGCGUACGGAUUAUCGCCGAGGGUGGAUGACGGCCGGGCGUGCGUUUCGUUUAGUGCAGCUGAUGCGCCUUUACGAAAUUGAUGUGCCAAAUUCUAUGGCGACGCAGACUGACUGGAUCGAGACGGAGGAGAAAAGAAGAACAUUCUGGAUGGCCUACUCACUAGACCGGUUCAUCAGCAUCCGAAAUGGGGGGCCCUUGACGUUAAGUGAACAAGUGAUCGUGAUCCGUCUCCCUGCGCCAGAAAUGGAAUUCCAAAGCGGUCAGCCCACUCUGGUGGGAUUUCUGUCGGAAGCCAUUACUGCUGAUGAUCAAAGCGCAAUGUCGCCCUUCACAGAGUGCAUUAUCUUGGCAACCAUUAGUGGGCGCGCUUUGUCGCACCGACAUCAGUCCCUGGUCGAGAACGUUUAUGGCAAUGUAUCUCAGGAUUUCUGGGACCGGCAUCAGUGGAUUAGUACCAUCCUGACACAGAGAAUCCAGAUCCUGUCGCUCAAAUAUCCGCAUGCUUCGCAGCAUGUGGAUCCAAUGCUGCUGUUCACGAGCAUGGUAGCGCAGACGACUGUGAUUUAUCUCUAUCAAACCAUGAAGUGUGUAAGCCCAGCGACCGCUGAGAACGGAGCCGUCAGAAUGGAGUAUGAAAGACGUUCAUUAGUGGCUGCGCAAGAGAUCGUUUACCUAACAAAGACGUUAGCCCAGCUCAGUCGUUUCAAGGCAAGACCACUCGAUUUGCUCCUUAGCUGA